UCGGUUUUUGCCUGUCAUCGUGUAUGUUGUAUUAUUUAAAAUAUUUAUGCUAUUCUUGACGAAAUCUACUACUUAAAUGCAUAAAGAUGUCUGAAAUGGAAGUUACAGAAAGUGGAAGUGAUUGCUCUAACGAUCUACUUCUUCUUGAUCGAGUAUUUUUGAGGCUUGGAAAUGCGGAUUCCGAUGAACAGCUGGAGAGCUGUCUUAAUAGAUUCCUUCCUCCUGUUAUCCUGAAGUUAUCAUCACCUCAUGAACAAGUUCGCACAAAAGUAAUGGAGUUAUUGGUGCAUGUGAACAAGAGAGUGAAAUGCCGAGCUGAUGUUCAGCUGCCGGUGCAAACCUUGCUACAGCUAUAUAAAGAUCCUGUUGCUAACAGUUUUAUUGUUAAUUUCUCUAAAAUAUACAUAACAAUGGGAUUCCCAAGACUGCCUCGGGAACAGCAACUUAGUUUAGCGCCUUCAUUGCUUGAGGCCAUAGAGAACAAACCUCAACCCCAUCAAGAUGGGAUUUUAAUGCUCAUGAUGCCUCUCCUAGGUGAAAUAAAAGACUCAGAUCUGAAUUUGAAGGAAAAACCUAAAGUUUCAUCUCUAAUACUGAAGUUUGCAUUGGAUAUUUUACUGUUACCUUACAGGGCUUUACCAAAUGCGGGAGAGAGUGAGUUCCAAGUACCGCCAGGAAUGAGUAUGAAAACAUAUAAAAGGAUAGUUGCUAAUAACCAAUUGAACCCCAAUCAAUUAGAAGAGAUGAAAUUAUCAAUAGUGAAUUUCAUAAGCAAGGAUGUGUUCAACAUGAAUGAUGUUCUAUUGCCGCUGAUCGUGGCGGCGGCAGACUCGCGGUUCAGUGUUGCCAACCACGCGAAUAGCCCGCUUAUUAGAGUAAACAGUUCAGUAGAGUGGUCUCAGCCCGCAGUAGUGGGACCUCUGUACUCGCUGUACCUCGGCACUUGGGGCGGUCUGAAGGUGCCACCGGAUGAUCGUAAGGUUCCCGCUUGCACAAGACUACGUUUAAAGUUAAUCCAAUAUUUGAACAAAGCAACAGGACCCGCUAUAAUGUUCCCGCAUUGCGUUCAGGUUGUGUUUUCAUCAUUAUUUGAUCCAAAUACAAAUUCCCGUCUCAGGAACAUGGUGUUGAUGUUUUUAUUGAAUGUUAUUAACAAUGGUGAUUCAGAGCAGUUAAAGAAAGUGGGCACAGUGUUCCUGCAUGGUUUGCUGAAGCUGGUCAGAUCUGAGGAGUACGCUGACCAUCACUCUAAAGCCUAUAUGUGCUUAGGUCGUUUGGCGAUGAAAUGUCCUGAAAGUAUAAACAGACAGUUCACGUUACUGGAAGAGUUGGUAAAGAAGAUUCCAGAAGCUGUACCUGAGAUGAAGACGGCGCUGCGAGACGCACUGCUAGAUAUGUCUGUUGCCUACACUAUGCAUAAACCAGAAGGUAAUGAAGCGAUGGACACGUCAGAGGCGGGCACCAGCAACGACAUGGACGUAGAUGAGGGCUCGGAAAGCAAGAAGUCGCGCCCCAACCCUUACGACGAGCCGCAGGCGCUGGCGCUCUACGCACUGCUCGACCACUACAUGCAUAGCGAGGAUCCCAUGAUCCGCUAUAUCGCCAUGCGCUACUCCUCCGUGGUGUUCCCUCAGGACUACGUGCCCUCGCGGUACCUGCUGCUGCUGGCGAGCGGAGACAGUCAAGACGACAUUGUUACCGAAUCACAAAAAUGUCUAUACGGAACAUCACGUGCGAGCGAGAUAGAAGACGUUGUGAACAACGUGAGUAAGAAAGAGACAGCUGUUGUCAACUUAGACGAGGGCACCGCUCGGAAAGACAGCGAUUCAAUAGCUGAGUUGAAAACACCCAGUUUCAAAGACGUAGUUAAUUACGUCUGGGAACAGAUACAAAAGAGAAAGAAAGGCUCAAAUUCAAAGCACAGAUAUGUUAUUGGAAACCAUCUACUGCAGUUCCAUCCAAAAACAUACCAAGAAAUAUUAAGGUAUAUGAGGAUGUGUUUGAACCGAGACGCGAACUUAAAGGACUGCUCUAACCAUCCCAAUAGUAAUUCACCUCUGCUCGCUAAAUACUUCAGAGAGAACUUACUAGAAAGUGAAGUACUUGAACGAUAUCUGACUAUGAUUACGUCACUACUUAAUGCAUGUCCAGAAUUGAUGCCUCUAACAUGCUUUUUGGAUAUCGUUGGCUGCGUGCCAGAAAUAAUGGCAUCAAAAUACGUAUCUCUACUACCAUUCUUUAUGAAUCUCUUCACAACAAGCACGAAAGAGGACAUUCGUGAUAUUGCCGCGGUUAUUUUUGCGAUUAUAACCUCAAAUACGAGUAAUAAAUCAGCAAUUGAGAAGGAAAUAAAAGAAUUCGUAGUUCAAAGUCGUGGUAAUAAAGGUUUAGAAGCUCAGUGCGGUUAUAUUUCCGCGUUCAGCCAUCUUUGUGAACGUUGUAUAGCGCUGUCAAAGCGCGGCAAAUUUGGCGGCAAAGGAUUCAAUCCGUCAAACUGGGAGCCUUAUCAAGAUGCCGCUUUGUGUUUGGGUAAUUUCCUCGCGAGUUCCCAGACAUUACUAGUCAGUACAUCAGUUAGUUCAGUAUCUUUGUUAGUAAGAUGCAGUGCUUUACCAUUACUUAAUAUUAAUACAAAACAAGAAGCUGUACAGACAGACAAUCCGUUCAAUGUUAACCAAAAAGACAUAGUAACAGAAGAUGAAGUAACAAAGUAUACAGUCGCUGAGAGAUUGUUCAGAAUUGUUGGCAAUCCAACACUACCUUCUAAAGUGAAAGAAAGGGCGCUGUAUACUUUAGGUCUAAUGUGUUGUGGAGAAAGAUUGACGUUUUCGAAACAAAUCGUAAAAGGAUUCCUGCAAAUGGCUAAAGAUAGUAAAGAAUUCGAAAUUCACUUACAAAUCGGAGAAUCGCUCGUUCUUUGUGUUGAAGGUGUUAACUCAAAUGAAAAUAGAGACUUAUGGACUGAAUUACCUAGAGAGGGUGAUGCUAAAAUAAGAGAUUUAGAUGCAUUGAAAGAAAACGAUGAACUACUACAAUGGCUGUUACAAGAAUUGUUUAAAAUUGGCAAACAUCCGCAUCCACAUUCAAGACAGGCGACUAGUAUUUGGUUGUUAGCGUUACUAAAGAAUUGUUCCGAUAGAGAGCCAAUACGAAACAGCCUGCAACUCCUGCAGAAUGUAUUUAUGGAUUACCUCUCGGAGAAUAGUGAUAUAGUCCAAGACGUGGCGAGCAAAGGUCUGAGCCUCGUGUACCAGAACUCAGACGAGAGUCGCAAGCAGGCGCUGGUGGGGGAGAUCAUAGACCAGCUCACCAGCGGGAAGCGGUCCGUGGCACAGGUCACUGAUGAUACAAAGAUAUUUGAGGAGGGACAGCUCGGGAAGGCUCCCACAGGGGGCAAUUUGUCAACGUAUAAGGAGUUAUGCUCUCUAGCUUCGGAUCUGAAUCAGCCAGAUUUACUGUACAAGUUCAUGCAUCUCGCACAUCACAACUCUGUCUGGAAUUCAAAGAAAGGCGCGGCGUUCGGUUUCCAUUCAAUAGCGCUGCAGGCGGGGGUGCAGUUGGCGGAGCACUUGCCGCGGAUAGUGCCGCGGCUCUACCGCUACCGCUUCGACCCCACGCCCCGCAUACAGACCUCUAUGGCCAGCAUCUGGCACGCCAUAGUGCCCAACACACAGCACACGGUUCAAAAAUACCACAAGGAGAUAUUAGAUGACCUCGUGGCGAAUCUGACGUCGAACCAGUGGAGGGUCAGGAUGUCCUGCUGCAACGCGUUGUCUGAUCUCUUGAGGGGCGCGCGGAGCCUGCAGGAGUCGCUGGCGCAGCUGGGCGCGCUGUGGGCGCAGCUGUUCCGCGUCAUGGACAACGUGCACGAGGGCACGCGCCUCGCCGCCGCCGCCACCGCCAACGUGCUCUCCAAGCUGUGCGUGCAAGCAUGCGACGCGGCGCAGGGCAAGGACGGGCAGCGCGUGCUGAGCGCCAUCCUGCCCGUGCUGCUGGACACCGGCAUCACCAACCUCGUCAAGGAAGUGCGCAGCGUCAGCCUGUUGACGAUAUCCCGGCUGGUGUCGUCGUGCGGGCAGCAGGUGUGCGCGCUGGUGUCGCGGCUGGUGCCGGCGCUGCUGGGCGCGGCGGGCGAGCUGGAGUCGGCGCGCCUGUCGCACCUCAGCACCGUGCUCGCGGACUCCAGCACGCGCGAGGUGCUCGACGAUCUGCGAGCUAAUGCCACUAAACAUCAUUAUACCACGGAUACUGUCGUCAAGUGCAUGCCAUACAUCACGAUAGACAGUAUGAAGGAGAUGCUGCCCGCGAUCCUGGAGCUGAUGAGGUCCCCGCAGCUGGGCACGAAGGUGGCGUGUGCGCACUUCAUCGUGCUCUCCGCGCACUACCUGCGCGCGGGCCUGGAGCCCGUCGCCGGCAAGCUGAUGACACAUCUCCUCAACGGAGCCUUCGACAGGAACCCCACUGUUAGGAAGAACUACGCGGAAGCGCUGGGACAAGUUUCUGCCUUCGCUAAGCCUCAAUCAAUAGAGAAGUUGAUGAAGAAACUGAUAAAUCUGUACGAGACGAAGGAGGACGAGGUGUCGCGGUCGGCGGUGGCGCUGAUGCUGCGCGCCAUCGCCAAGGCCAAGGCUGACCAUCUCAAGGAUAAUGAGGACAUCCUCGCACCGGUCGUCUUCUUAGCUAUGCACGCGCCUAAAGAUGAAGAGUCGAGUACCGUGGAGAUGUUUUCUGAGCUGUGGGGCGAGCUGAGCCCGGCGCGCGAGAGCGGCAUGCGGCGCCACCUGCCUGCGCUGCGCCGCCGUCUGGAGACCGCGCUCGCCGCAACCACCUGGAACACCAAGAUACAGGGUGCGACUGCUAUAAAGACGCUGUGCGCGGAGGUGUCGUGCGGGCUGGGCGAGGAGCGCGAGCCGCUGCUGCGCGCCGCGCUCGCCGCCGCGCACGGCAAGACCUUCGACGGGAAAUAUCAUCUACUGGACGCACUCGCAGACCUCUGCACUGUGAAGGAGGGCGAGGGUCCUCUGAACGCGAGUCUCGCCGGCGAGUGCGUGUCGCUGCUGCUGGCGGAGUGCCGCAAGCAGGAGGCGGCGCACAAGCGGCGCGCGCUGGCGGCGCUCGGCCGCGCGCUCGCCGCCACGCGCUGCGACGUCUUCCAACACGUCUAUGACAUCGUCAAACUCAUACUCACCAAGGACGAGUCAUCGAUGGAGAAGGAUUCAGACGACGAGGACAACGAGAGCUGCCGGCGGCGCGCGGAGCAGCUCACCGCGCUCAAGGAGGCCGCCUACGAGCUGCUUGGCAACGCCUGGCCCAAGGACCCCCACACACAAUACAAAUAUCAGCAGGAAUUCUUCGAGCACUGCGCCCAGUGUUACGCGACCUCCACACGGACGACACAACUCGCUUUACUGCGCUCCAUGGCCAGUGUGUUACCACAACUGGAGGUGCUGCGCGCCCGCGGACAGCCAAUGGACACUGAUGACACCGCACCUGCACCCAAUGCCACCCCUGUCAUUACUUCCGCAGAUCGCGACAAAGCAAUCGCAAAUAUCACCACAAAUGCGGCUAAAGUCGUUGAUUAUACGUUAAAGAACAGUAACCAAGUGAGACAUCGAAAAGACGCGCUCAAUAUUUUAGAGAUACUAAUAAAACAGCUGACAGAAUUAAACAAGACAGAAGAACUAAAUAUACUAAAAGAGAUCUACCAGACGUACGCGCCGGAUCUCGCGAAGGAUUCCUCGCACGAGUUAAGAACCAAAGUGGAAAGUAUUAAAACUUACAUUAAUAAGUAAUGUUACCAUUUUUAUAACAAAGUGUAAUGUAAUAA